AUGCUGCCGCCGCAGGCGGAAGGCAUGUUCCGGCAGGCGCUGGACGCCGAGCUGGCCGCCCAGCGCCCGCAGGAGGCGCCAGGCGCCGCGCCCGCGGCACCUCCGCCGCCCGUGCCGCCGCCGGCGCAGGCGGCGCCGGCGGGUUCCGAGCUGCACGACGCGGCGCUGGUGCCGGGCACUGAGGUGAUUAUCCAGGGGCUCGUGAAGUUGCCGGAUUUCAACGGCCUCACCGGCGUUGUGCAGUCGCUGGACGCCGAGAGCAUGCGGUACGACGUGCUCCUCGACGGCCCCGCCGGCCAGUGCGGCUGGCGCUGGGUCAAGGAGCCAGCAGCCAUGGCCAGGGCCGCGGCGCCGAUGCUGCUCGCGGCGCUUUGUGCGCUCGCUGGCUCCGUUGCCUACGUGGCGCCCCCCGGCGCGGCGCUGCGCGCGGCGUUGGCGGCGUGCGCCGCGCUGAUGGUGGUCCUAGCGCCCCUGCAGGGCGCCGAGGCGGCGCGCUCCGGGGGCCGCAUGGGCGGGGGCGGCGGAAGCAUGGGCCGCUCCAGCGGCCCCGCGCGGGGCGCGCCAGCCCGGGGCCCGACCGCCAGGGCGGCCACGAGCAGCACCACCAACGUCGUCAUCGGGGGCGGCUACUCGCCGUUCGGCUUCGGGUACGGCAUGCCAAUGUUCUUCCCGUCGCCAUUCGGCUUCGGCGGCUUCGGCGGCGGGUACGACCGCGGCCCCACCGCCACCGACCAGCAGCUGAGCAGCCAGCAGGCCCAGGACGAGCGCAAGAUGGACGCUCAGAGCGCCGAGAUCGCGCAGCUCCAGAGGGAGAUCGCGGACAUGAAGGCGAAGAGGUGAGUGCCCGCCCUGGCCUGCCCGCCUCUCGCCGAGGCGCCGCGCCAUGCUCGGGUGCGGGCUCCGCGCGUGAGCGCCGCGGGAUGCCCCCCCGCCGCCUUCCUUCUCGCCGGGCGCGCCUCCGGAACGAGGCGCCCUGGCGCCGCAGGUGUGACUUUUGUCGUCUGCGCGGGGGGCACGCGGGAGCCAAGAAGACGGUCUGAGAGCUUUGUUUUUUUUAUUUUUCGAGCCCUGACCACGGUUAUGGGCGCCCUCGCGAAUAGUCUGCCUUUUCCCUCUGCCUCCUGGGCUGUUGCGUUUGCAUCCUGAGGCCCCCGUGCCCAGCGGUGGGCUUCCCAGAGGCCUCCAGUGUCCAGCGAACCCUGGGGAGCGCAGGCUGGGUCGGGCCCUGCUCCCGACCGGGAGGGGCGGCGCUCCCAGGGGUGGCGGGCGCGUGCCGCGGAAGGCGCGCUCGGCCAUCUGAACCCGCCCCUGGCGGGUAAUUUUUUUCCAGCACGUUCCGCCUUCGCCAUCGCUCCCUGAGCGUCGCGCACGUCAACUUUUUUAGCGUGACCGCGUGCGACCGUGACAGCGGGAGAGGACAAGAAGAAGGGCGGCAACCUCGUCGACUCUGCAGACAAAAGAA